UUAUUUUAUUUAUUUUGUUAUGCCCAAGCGCCCUUGACUGACGUGCGCUGCAACUCUGCGUUAGGCAAAUUUCUUGCCUAUCGCACUUGCUCAAACAAUGGUGGAUCUUGCCCGCUCCAUCCUCAAUUUUCCGAUCAGUUUCCAUAAUCACUAACAAUUCUCCAACUCGCUCUGGUCUAUGAAUUUGAACAAGGAUAUUGAAUGCCAUUAGCCGAUAACUUUGGUGGCCUCUAGAUUGUCUUCAUAAAACUAUGGAAGUUAAGGCCAGAGCUCCCGGAAAAAUUAUACUCUCCGGCGAACACGCAGUCGUUCAUGGAUCCACGGCCGUCGCUGCCUCCAUCAGUCUCUAUACUUCCGUUUCCCUUGCAUUCCCAAGUCAUUCCGGCAACGAUGAUACCCUAAAAAUCCAGCUGAAAGAUAUGUCAUUGGAGUUUUCGUGGCCAGUUGGUAGAAUUAAGGAAGCUCUGGCUGAAUUUAGUAAUGUCAUUUCCUCAUCACCGACAUCUUGCCCAGCUGCGUGCUUGAAAUCAAUCGGUGCUCUAGUUGAAGAACAGAACAUUCCCGAGGCAAAAUUUGGUCUUGCAUCUGGGUUAUCAGCAUUCCUCUGGCUAUACUCCUGCAUCCAAGGAUUUAAACCUGCUACGGUGGUUGUCACAUCUGAGCUUCCUAUUGGAUCUGGCCUGGGAUCGUCUGCUGCAUUCUGUGUCGCAGUUUCAGCUGCUCUACUUGCUUUAUCUAAUUCUGUAAGCGUGGACAUGGCCCACCAAGGAUGGUCAAGUUUUGGGGAAAAAGAACUUGAUUUGUUGAACAGAUGGGCAUUUGAAGGUGAAAAGAUAAUUCAUGGAAAACCAUCUGGAAUUGACAACGCAGUAAGCACAUACGGAAAUAUGAUCAAGUUCAAGUCUGGAAGCUUAAGCCUCAUCAAACCCAGCCUACCAUUGGAAAUGCUUAUCACCAACACCAAAGAAGGAAGAAACACAAAAGCUUUAGUUGCUGGUGUUUCAGAAAGAACCAUCAGACACCAUGAUGCAUUGAACUUCAUGUUUAAUGCCGUUGAUUUCAUUAGCAAGGAACUAUCAGCCAUUAUCGAGUCGCCUGUUUCUGACGAAGUAUCGAUAUCCGAGAAGGAAGAUUGUAUGGCAGAGCUGAUGGAAAUGAAUCAAGGGUUGCUCCAGAGCAUGGGGGUGAGCCAUGCCUCGAUAGAAACUGUUCUAAGGACGACAUUGAAGUACAAGUUAGCAUCCAAAUUGACAGGAGCUGGAGGUGGUGGCUGUGUUCUGACGCUGUUGCCGAGCUUGCUUUCAGGAACGAUUGUUGACAUGGUGAUUGCAGAGCUGGAGUCGUGCGGGUUCCAAUGUCUAAUUGCGGAGAUUGGAGGAAGAGGAGUUGAGAUAUGUUUUGAUGAGUUUUCAAGCACUGAUAUGAAUCAAAAUUUGUAAGUUUUUUUUUUUUUUUUUCUGAUCGGAAGAAUAUAUAAAAUAAGGCGCUUGGUUCCUACGUUU